CAUUCAGUUGCAGGAGGUGGUCGCCUGUUAGACAGGAUUCGCAAGUGGUAUUAUAAUGCAGCUGGAUUCAACAAACUCGGAUUAAUGCGAGAUGAUACAUUGUAUGAAGAUGAUGAUGUAAAAGAAGCACUGAAGAGACUUCCAGAACAUCUUUACAAUGAAAGAAUAUUUCGCAUAAAGCGAGCACUCGACUUAAGCCUGAAACAUCAGAUCCUUCCAAAAGACCAGUGGGUGAAGUAUGAAGAGGAUAAGCAUUAUCUUGAACCGUACCUAAAAGAAGUAAUCCGUGAAAGGCUUGAAAGAGAAGCAUGGAACAAGAAAUAACUGUUGAACUACUUCAUGCAAAUAUCCACAUAUUUCUGAUAUUUUUAAACGUUUGGUUAUAGAAGUCUACAGGGAGACAAAUGUGAAGCUGAGGAAUACUGUUUCAACUUGUUCAUUGAAUCUGUUCAUCCAACUAAAAUAAACAUGUCAAAGUAUAAAAUCU